AGUUCAUUUCAGAGAAAAUAAAACUUGAAAACUGAGUCUUUCUCUCUCUCUCUCGCUCUCUCUCUCUCACACACACACACACGGUCCAUGAGUGCAGGGAAAUGGCAGAGGCCAGUAUUUCAGUAGAUCAGGAGCAGUUCAUCUGUCCAGUGUGUCUGGAUCUCCUGAAGGAUCCAGUGACUACUCCUUGUGGACACAGUUUCUGUAAAGUGUGUAUUAAUGGCUUCUGGGAUCAGGAGGAUCUGAAGGGUGUCUACAGCUGCCCCCAGUGUAGAGAGACUUUCACUCCAAGGCCUGUUCUACGCAGGAACAACAUGCUGGUUGAAGUGGUGGAGAAACUGAAGAAGACUGAACUCCAAGCUGCUCACUGUUACGCUGGACCUGGAGAUGUGGAGUGUGAUUCCUGCACUGAGAGAAAACACAAAGCUGUCAAGUCCUGUCUGGUGUGUCAGGCCUCCUAUUGCGAAGAUCAUCUUCAACCUCACUAUAAGUCUCAGGCUUUUAAGAAGCACAAGUUAGUUGAAGCCUGUGCAGAGCUUCAAGAGAAGAUCUGCUCUGAGCACCACAAACCGAUGGAGAUCUACUGUCGUACUGACCAAAGCUUCAUCUGUUAUCUGUGUACGAUGGAUCAGCACAGAGGCCAUGACACUGUUGCAGCUAAAGCAGAAAGAACUGAAAAACAGAAUCAGCUAAAAGAGGAGCAGAUGAAAUCUGAGCAGAGGAUCCAGAAGAAGCAGAAGAAGGUGCAGGAGCUGAAACAGACUGUGGACACUAUUAAGAAGCGUUCCCAGGCAGCAGUAGAUGACAGUGAGAGGAUCUUUACUGAGCUGAUCAGCUACAUGGAGAAAAAGCAUUUGGAGAUGAAGAAGAUGAUCAGAGCUCAGGAGGAAGCUGAACUGAGUCGAGCUGAACGACUCCUGAAGCAACUGGAGCAGGAGAUUGCUGAUCAUAAGAGGAGAGUCACUGAGCUGGAGCAGCUUUCACACACACACGAUCACAUCCACUUCCUCCAGAGUUUCCCGUCUCUCUGUGUUCCUCCUGGAUGUGAGGACUCACCCAGCAUCACUGUCAAUCAACAUCUCUCAUUUGAUGGAGUGAGGAAAUCUCUCUCAGAUCUGAAAAAACGAGUCGAGGAAAUCUGUGAGCAGGAAUUCAACAAAAUCCCAACAGAAGCAGCAGCAGUUCAGGUGAUUUUACCCUCAGAACCAAAGAGCAGAGAAGAUUUUCUGCCGUAUUUCUGUUAUCUGACUCUGGAUCCCAACACAGUACAUUCUGUCCUUAUUCUGUCGGAGAAUAACAGAGUGGUGAAAUACUCAGGGACAAAUCAGCGAUACUCCGAUCAUCCAGAGAGAUUUGACAUUUACACUCAGUUGUUGUGUAAGGAGAGUGUGAGUGGACGCUGUUACUGGGAGGUGGAGUGGAGCAGUCAAAAAUGGGUGUCCAUAUCAGUCUCUUAUAAAGAAAUCAGGAGGAAAGGAGGAUGUAAAGAGAGUGGAUUUGGAUUCAACAGUCAGUCCUGGAGUCUGGUGUGUUCUUCUUCCUCUGUCUCUUUCUGGCACAACAGUGUUAAAGCUGAGCUCCGAGGUCCAGCAUCGUCCAGAAUAGGAGUGUAUGUGGAUCACAGCGCAGGAACUCUGUCCUUCUACAGCGUCUCUGACACGAUGAGGCUCCUCCACAGUGUCCACACCACAUUCACUCAGCCUCUGUACACUGGGUUCAGUGUAAGUUAUGACUCAACUGUGAGGUUAUGUGUUUAAUAAAAUGAAACCUUGGAUGUCAAAUUAAAUUUCAGCUUGAGAUACAGUGGCACAUUUGGCUGCCUUGUAAAGACCACAAACUGUAACACUAAUGAAGUAUUAAUAUUAUUAUCAUUUUCUAAUUGCACCUAUUCUAUAGAUUAAUAAAUUACACAAAUAACCUCUUAAUGAAGAAUGAUGGUUUCUAGAAUUUCUAGAAUGUUUCUAGAUGUUUCUAGAAAAAGAAUAGUUAAUAAACAAAUUAAAAUUGUUUUUACUGCAAUAUCACAUUUGCACAAGUUUUCAGACCCUAUGCCAUGACACUUAAAAUUGAGCUCAGGUGCAUCCUGAUUCCACUGAUCAUCAGACAUGUUUCUAAGUCCUCCUGUAGUAAACUCAACUGAUUGAACAUGAUUUGUAUUUGAAGAAACACCUCUUUCUAUAUAAAGCCCCACAACUGGUGGUGCAUUUCUGAGCAAAAGUCAAGCCAAAAGUCAAAUGAGGUCAAAGGAAUCAUUCAUAGUGACUUCUGAGACAUGAUUGUAUCAAGCCCCAGAUCUGUGUCUUACCCUCCAGUUCUCCAGUUUUGAAGGUCCCUAAGUCCCUGUGGACAUGAGAGAAUCUGACAGAAGGACAACCAUCUCUGCUGGCAUUUCUGGUACAGAAGCCACUCACUGGAGAUGGCAAAAGCCACCCAAGAACUCUUAGAGUAUGCGAAAUAAGAUUCUAUGAUCUGAUGAAACCAAAACCGAACACUUUGGCCUGAAUUUCAAGCAAUACAUCUGGAAGAACUCAGGCAGCCAUCAUCACAUGGCCAAUUCCAUUCCUAUUGUGAAGCUUAUCAGGAUAGAAGAAAAGAUGAACAGAUCAAAGUUUAAAGAUAUCCUCAAGGAAAACCUGCUCAGAACCACUCAGGAACUCAGAUUGCAGCGAAACACAUCCACACCAAUGCGUUGGGACAAAUCUGUGAAUGUUCUCCAGUUGCUCAGCCUGAAUAUUGGAUGUGAUUCCAAUACAUCAUUUUUGGUGAGGCCUGAAAACAGUACUACAGCAACACGCCUCAUCCAACCUGACAGAUCUUGAGAGGUUCUGAAGAGAGGAAAUGGAGAUGAUCCUCGAACCCAGGUGUGCCAUCCUUAUAACAUCAUACCCAGGAAUAUUUAGGGUACUGUGGAAAGUGUCUGUAUACAGUAGAUUUGAUAUUUCACUGUUUCUUCUGUGUGUUUUUGUUUCAGUAAUUUUACAAACAUUUUCAUUAUAGAGUAUGAUUUUGGAGAAUAGUGAGAGAGUAAAAAAGAUAUGUAGUGUGUAUGUAAAUAACAUUAAUACUACUUCUCUUGUUAAAUUUUACAUGGGUUAAAAAUAAUUUAACAAGAGUGAAUGUUUAUCUGAAUUUUCUACUUUGAUUUCUAAGUGAAAUUAAGAUCUGUUCCUGGGAUUGUCAUCCAUUAAUAAGUUUAACUAUUGGAUGGUGGAGAGGUGAUUCUGGAGGUUUUUCCAGGAAUAAAAGGGAUAAAAAUGGAUCCCUUUUAUUUAUUAUCUAUACAAAAAGGGAUAAUUCAGAGGUGGCUUCCUUCCAAAAGUAGGUUUUGGGAGACAGUAUUCCAGUCUGGCCCAUGUAUUAAUAGGAUUUUAUGGAUUUGUUCCUGUUUGUAUUGUACGCUGAUACAGUAUAUGUGGAAGUAAAAUUCAUUUUAAAAUUCAUCAAACCUUUUGUCUGUAUAAUGAUGGAUGCUGCUUUUUUUAUUUUUUUUUUUAACAUACUGUAACCUCAUAUAAACUCCAGUCCUAUUACAGUCAUUAAGCCUGGAUCAAAUAAGUGCAAUUUUGGCAGAUAUAAAGGACAGAAAUUAUGUGGACUACACACACACACACACACACCAUCCAUCCAGCACAAACUGUUCACAACCAUGGUAA